UGGGAAGCACUAUGAUAGCCUCCUUGAGAGACAAAAGCUGCAAUACAUAUCUCUGAGAAACAGAAGAUGGGAGCGACUGAGGAGAGUGAAGCUAAUUGUGUGGUACAAUCGAACUCGAUAUUUAAUUGAGGAGAGAACAACAACAAUAUGGCGAACAACGGCCGCAAUAAAGCCGUGUUUAAUUGAGGAGAGAACAUCAGCAAUAUGGCGAACAACGGCCGCAAUAAAGUCGUGUCAACGACCCCUACUGCUGCUGGAGGUGGUGGCACUUCUGGCCGUCAGUACCAUGGUCACCACCGCAGAAACAAAGCACCUUGUCGGAGUCUUUGUUGUAAGCUAGUCCUGCUCUCUGCCUGUACGGUGCCUGUUGCGAUCUUCACGUCUUUUUUGUUCCACUUCUUCUCCCUAGACAACAUGCUGAGACGACACAGCGAACCAUUUUCUCAGCUGGUGCAUACCGAUACCAUGAGUUUCCUGGACUUUGCGCAGGGUGAUGGCGCACCUAGUGCUGGUGAACAAGCACCUGAUGCUUUGAUAGAGAGCCUAAAACAAUGCAGGGCUCUCGCAAAGGGGCACCGGAGAAAGGAACUACAGCUGAAAUUAUGGCGGCUUUUCUGAAGAAGCCAUCUUAAUAUUCUAAAGCAUCCGAGUCGUGGAUAUGCUUUCAAGGGAGAAAAGCACCCGAAUACCCUGUCAAGAUUUCGAUUAUUCAUUAUCUCUCUAUCACAUUUUUGCCUUUAUCAUCUAGCACAGAAUGGAGUAGCGGCUGCGUCUGCAGUAAACAACUCAAUAUUAUUCAUUCAAGAUUUCCGCCCUGUCUUCUAAGGAAAGAAGACAUCAACAAACUGCUCUUGCGAGUCGCAGAAUUUGAGGCACGGUUGAAUGAGCGUUUUCCGAGUACUCAGCCUCCACCGGGAGCUGUGGGCCCCUUGUUAUUUGACACGACCACGACCUCACCAGGUAGGCCAGUCUUCGUUCCGGCAGCUUCGGAGGUGGGAACACAUUAUGUUGAAAUUAUAUUUGCUAAAUGAUAUACUGCAUGAAUAGGUACAAUAACAUUUGCGUAAUAAUAGUAUAUACACAUUAUGUUAAAAUUAUAUUUGGGCUAAAAAAAUAAUGAUAUACUUAGAUCGAAUUAUGAUAUUUGCUAAAUGAUAUUAUCCUUUACCCACUAUCCUUCUUUUUCUUUUCCUAGUUAGUUUGGCUCCACCCAGAUUAAAUACUUAGAUUGAUGAAAAUGUAGUCGAGUGUUAUAUUAGAUUGACAACUAUGUCUAUGACUCUGGUUGAAGCUUGAACAUCAUCCGGAACGAAGACGGGCCUACAGAGCUUCUGAGACAGGACAUUAUGUAGUUGAGUGUUGUUUUAGGUUGACUCUUGAAAACAUCAUCUCGUUAUUAAAGUAAACUUACUAUGUAUAAUAUGAAUGGAUGACUUUACAACACCAAUAAUUAUGAACGAGAGCACUCAACCACAGAAGAUCUGACGCUGUCUGGUCUUGUCGAUACGUCCACUUUCAUACCUCAUCGAGCAUAGCGAGCACGCCUCCGAUUGGCAACACGACCACCAGAGUCGGAGGAGCUUCAGCAUUGGCUCACUCUGAUGCAGCCGGACGUAUGGCCACCAUUGUGUCUCAUCAUUGAGUCGUUUUCUUCUGUUCCACUUACUACUUACUACUUACGCUUACUACUUACUACUAGUACUACUAAAACCUAUUUCUUAGAAGAUUGAAUUCGCAGGGGUCUCCCUUGUUUGGUAUCUGUCCCAUCCAAAGUGAAUCCCCGUAAGUGAAUAUGAUCUACAGACGUUAAGCUACCAACCUAUUGUUGUCGAGAAAUUGCAUAAGAAUCAUCUUUCUCCUCCUUCUCAUAUUCGAACUACUCCCACCAUAUUUAUAGUGCACCAUAUAGUGCGACCAUUUGACUAUUCUCUCAAUAAAAUUUUUGGAUCUAUAUUCCUUUUCAUAAUAAUAUUCGAAGUACUCCCAACACCAUAGUUGUUCAUCUUCCUGAGUGACGAAAGUAGGGCAGCAUUAGUUCGCGAGGAGUCAAGGCUCUUCGCCUCAGCCAGGGACACAGAUCCGACAGAACAGAGGACGGUCCAUGUUCUUGGCGCAGUAGAUGUAGGAACUACGGGAUCGAAGGUAUGAAUGGAUGAUUAAUGGUGCUCGCGACGCUUCCUUGUGUUGUGUCGCCUGCGCUGGCACCCAUAGUGCCACCCCUCCAGCACACUAUUAUCAAUGGGGCGCUCCUGAUCUUCCUGUCUGUUUCAACAUGGUUUCGUUGUCAAAAAUACAAGAACCAAUUAUUAUACAGGCACGAUAAUUGCAGAGAGGAAGUGCGAGUUUGGAGUUGUACAAUUUAAUUAUCCAUACGAGAAAGAUUAAGAAGACUCCUCACGCUUUCUACUGGCUUCUAAGCAAAUUGAACCUGCAACAAGUCUCUUCAAAGGACCACGAAGGGGAAGACGAAGACGCGGAAGACGGCUUCCUGGAUGCGUCAUUUGUAUCAGCAACGUCACUACGAAGGACUGUGUCGGACCCCUCGCUGUAUCGUCGAGAAGGUUUGCUAGAUGGGACUCCGCUGACAGAUGAUAUGAGAUGUGUCUGUAGUACACACGAGUAGUUGGUGGUCACAAUCGUCCUGUUUUUUAGACCCACCUAUAAUUAGUACCGCUACUACAUCUGGCAGCUGCGGGGAGGUCGGUGCCCUGUGGAGCCGCCCUGAUUGAUUGAUCUGUAGUACACAGGAGUAGUAGCUGGAGGUGGUCACAAUGAGUCGUCCUGUUUUUUAGACUUCUCACCUAUAAUUAGUACCGCUACUACAUCAGUUGUGGUUCUACUUGUCCUACUACAUGUCGACCUUAGUACGUGAGGACCAAAGCCAGUGAGUCAGUGUGGUUUUAACAGAAGAUCAUCUUGGUAGAUAUUUUGUUGACCUUGACCCACGUGCACCCUCAUCAACAUCUAUCUUCAUUUUUUCCGGCGGUGAAGCUACGCUUUCCAGUUGCCUCCGACAGACAGACACGGAACGCGGCAACGGCAGCGGUGGUUGAGCGCGAUGAAUGCUGGACAGAGCAUGAUAAUGAUACAUCAACAUAGUUCGUGGCACGGUUUGAGAAAGAGAAUAGAUAUGCUGACCGUUUAGGGUGAAGAUUUGUUUUUAGUCGAUCACCAAUCUUUAUCAUACCAACAAUCUUUAUCUGCAGCUUUUUUGGCGCGACUUCUAUUUUCCGCGACUGCCCGUACACAUCCAACUACAGCACAUAGCAUGUUACAGCAUUACAUAAAGACACGCAAAUCUACUUCGUCACAUACAUUUUCCAGUACUCAAGGCGACUAUGGCUGCGCGCACUCCUAAUUUUCAUCUGUGGGGGAAGUACUACCUAGAGCU